GGACGGCAGCCGGGCUCUUACAUAAUCUGAACUCUUCACUGCUCAGUUCGACACCUCGAUACACUUAACUUCCGCAGAACUCAAAAAACAUGGGAGGUGGUGCUAGAUAUCCAUACCCAAAGCAUGUGUGGUCCCCCGCUGGUGGUUGGUGGGCCCGUCCUGCGAAUUGGCGGAGUAACACUGUCAUAACUUUUGCUGGUAUGUUUGCCAUUGCAUACGGAGUCUGGACUGUUAGCGCAGACCGUGAGAUCAGACACGUUCAACCCGACCGACCGAUCCCGUCCAUGAUGUGGGCAAAACAGUACAAGGACCAGUCUCGGGAGAACUGAGACGGGUAGCUGGGUAUAUGCUUAAAUAGUCUUGUCUCAGUCAGUUAUAUCCUUCAUCAUAUAUCAAUAUUUUGCCACCUCUGCAUGAGUCUCAAUUUUCGGACUGUUGACUGAAUGU